GCCAAAAGCUCAGUGGUCCAGCCUGUCAGCGCAUGAACUGCAACAAAAAGAAUUCAGGCACUGGUAAGGACGACUGAAAAGAAGGGUCCUUCAAGUUCAACCGGCGCUUGUUUUGCAUCGCUUCCCUACGCUUUGCUAAGAAGAGCCUCAAUUCGUCGGGGCAUGUGUCGAAAGGAUGCUGGUGACUCCAAUGCGUCACACAGUUGCCAAGUUGGGUGGAUGUCCUUUGGGUGGCGGACCAUUCUUGAUACGCAUGGGAAACUGUGGUGGUGAAAACCCAGCAGCGUUGCAGUUCUUGACACACUCAAACCGUGGAUGAGAUGACUGUGGUGGUGACCUCCAGAGCUUCGAGAGUGACCCAGUGAUGGCUCGUCCUGCCCCUGCUCCCCUGUACACCCUGAGGGGGGCUGGAUCCCCCCUUAAUGCCUUGCACUUCGGCUGCUGUGAAGGGGACCCUCCCCUGCUCUUUUCUGGCUCAGGCCAGGGGUCAGUCCAUGUGUGGAACCUGACCACCAGAAGAGCUGAGAGGGUUCUAGAAGGUCAUUCUGGAGCCUCUGUCACCUGGCUCAACAUGCUCUACUCCAGAGACGCUCUCAUCAGUCAGGGGCGCGACAUGCGUGUGUGCUUGUGGGACCUGGCAGAGGGGCGCAGUGAUGUCACGGACGCCCUGUGGACCGGCAGUGUGGGGUUCUGUCGCUGUUCCCUGCUAGAGACUGGCCCUGGGAGAUGGCUACUGGCCCACGCUGGAGAAGCCAUGGAGGAGGUGAAGAUCAUUGAGCUGCCCAGCAAGAGCCCAGUUUGCUCCCUGAUACCACAAGUCAAGCUGGGGAUGGUCAUGUGCAUCAAGCUAUGGCAGCCAGACUCAAGCCCUGGCCCUCUCCUCCUGGCUGGUUAUGAGGACGGCUCCCUGGCGCUGUGGGACAUAUCCCAGAGGUCCGUGCUGAGCCGUGCGGCCGCCCACCCUGAGCCCGUCAUGUGUCUGGACUUUGACCCCGCCGGGCAGAGGGGCAUCUCUGGCUCCUCCGAGAAGAGUCUCGCCUCCUGGAAGCUUGACGGACAGCACAGACUCCAGCUCCAGGAACCCGUAGCCCUUGUGAAUCCUGGGAUCUCCCAGCUGUGCAUCCGGGGGGACCGGAAGAUCGUGGCAUCGGCCGGCUGGGACCAUCGUGUCCGUGUGUUUGGCUGGAAGAAGCUCCGGCCCCUGGCUGUCCUCCAGCACCACACAGACAUGGUGCUGAGCCUGGCCUUCUCAGACCACCAGGACCCCAGGAACAGGAUGCUGGCCGCGGGCUCCAAAGACCAGCGCAUCAGCCUCUGGUCCAUAUACAACCAGGGCAGCUCGGACACUGGGUGAGCCACUGGGCCCUGUUGGUAUGUUAUAGGGAGUCUUCUCGCCAGUGAUUAUACCAACUCUUUUACGCUCCUUUUACUAUCCCAGGACUAUAUCUGAAUGUACUGACUAGAGCUGGACUAUGUGAACUACUGGGUAGGAACUUCUGUCUCAGACUGUGAAGACAUUUCCGACAUAUCCCAAGAUGGAUCAGGUCAGGAUGAGAUGUCUUUGUGCUUCCAAACAAAAGCUGUCAAGACGGCUGGUUAGUUCUGCUAACAAUUCACUGAGACUUCAUUUGAACACAUUAUUUUUGGUCAAAACCAACUGUUUUAUUGUGUUUGCUUAUCUGGUAGGAGAUUUGCCUGAGCGGACUUGAAUUUGAGGUAUAAGUCGCGCCUGAGUGACUGUGUAAUCCUGUGUUGUUGAUCUAGUUUAACAUUGCCCUCUGCUCUGACCUACACUGCAUCAGUCAAACAGGGUUAACCACAGAACUUGGACAGAAGAGACAAAGCUGUUUGUUAAGGAGGGCCACUGAACAAUCUUCCCUCAACUAGAGAGGCUGUCUGUAUGGAUUUGGACUUAAGAGGUUACUUGUAUUUUCAGUUUGGUCUUAAAUGUAUUUCUGUUUGUCAUUGUGAGUACAAUAUGUUGCCCCUGUGCAUUGUGGGAAAAAUGUGUCAAAUUCAAACUGUGAUUGGAUGCGUUUAAGGUUUGUGAAUUACACCCCAAGUCCACCAAAUGUAAAUAGUAUCUGCUGUGAUUUUUAACUUUUUUAUUUCCUGGUAAUAAAUAUGUUUUUCUGUACAUCCA